CGUGCAUGCAACAUGAAUCGUAGAAAAUACACUUGCACUUACACCUGUACUUACUAUAGAGGGGUAUCUUCCAAAUAGAUACCUGGCCAACACGGCCAACUUGUCAUUCUUCAUUCUACAAGUUUCGACAGACUCUUCCCUUCACUCCACUCCAAGAUGAAGCUUCUGAAUCUUCUCUCUGUUCUAGCCAUUGUCGUCGCUGCUGUGGAGGCUGGCAACCCGGAGUAUCUUCGUGGGUCUGACUCCUACUCUGUGAGCGACACGAAGCAGUACGACUUCUCUGACGCGACCCAAGCUGAGCCAUCAGUGACUAACUCUUGUCCCAAGAAAUGCCAUCUUGACUACGAACCAGUCAAGGAUAAGGACGGUGUGGUGCAUUAUAACAAGUGCAUUCAGCGCCUACUGGGGUGCCCGAACAACACUGGACUUUCCGCAUCCGAUUUUUCAAAGCUGCGUCGCAUCUUUGACAGCAUUGACGGAACCAUUGAAUUUGACGGCAGCGGAAGUGCUCAAGACGCUGUCGUGACUGUAAACAGUGCCGAAGUGCGCGAUGGAAUAGCGAAAAACGCGUCAACUAACCCGAAAAGUUUCACGGAGCAAUUGCUGGCGAGCAUGUUGAACGAGAUUUCGUCGCGUAAAGAACAAAAGGCUUAGGUCUCUAGUUGUGAGCGUAGAGAACUUAAAACGGGUCGUCAGCGCUUAGUAGGCGCCGCCUAUACAGGCAAUCCUUCUUGUACAGCGUACAAGUUGCAAGUAAUCGAGUCAUUGAAACGAAAAUAUUGGUGCAACUCUGAUAACAAAUAAAACUCACGACUGCAACUAACGCCCUAGUCUGAAAUCCUACCAAGGCGACAGUAAUACCGC